GUGACGCUGGGUGGCACGUUAAUUGGGAUUGGCCGCAAGACCUCUGAUUGCCAAGGGAAUACUAAGUACUUUCGCUGCAAAUUCUGCAACUUCACGUACAUGGGCAGUAAUUCCUUAGAACUUGAACAACACUUCCUGUCCUCACAUCCAAAUAAAGUGAAAACUCCGCCAACCACGCCACUGCUGGCCACCAAUAACCUGGCAACGCAUGACAACCAGACAAAGGAAAGGAGUCAAAUCUUAGACGGGGCGGAUCGAGUCGCGGUGAGGGCGGAAGAUGAUUCCUUGGUCGGGUACUCAAUCCCAGUCAGGGCGUGUUCAGAUACGUCGAGCUGGACAGGGGAGCCGGGUCGAGGUGCCGUGCAGGCGUAUUAUUGGUGUAAAUUCUGUAGCUGGAGUUGUGAGUGGUCAGGGGGCUCGGCUAAGCUUUUAGAGCACUAUGAACAAAGACAUAGAAUGAGCACGGGAGGUUCUAUGAGCCCCAACAACUCUAAUCCUGGGGUGAUGGACAGAGAGAGGGAGAGAGGAGGCAGAAGAGAAGGAGGAGAAAGAGACCACAUGGCAUCCAAAAGCCGCAAAGAUGUAUCAUCCAACCCGUCCAGCACCAGCCAAGGAGACCCAAACAGCAGUGAUUCAGAAGCAGUUGUGACCAGUUAUAACUGUCAGUUGUGUGAUUUCCGGUACUCAAUGGCCCACAGCGCAGAUGUGAUCGUAGUAGCACCAUUACUGCUGCACUACCAGCACAACCACUCCAUCCAUCGAUGCUGCAUUCAGCACUGCAUGUAUUGUCCACAGGGGCUCUGUCAGCCGCAUAAACACCUGGGGGAGGUGUCUCACCCCUUUGCUUGUCGGAAGCCCACCUGCCCGAAAUGCUGUUCCAAGUUUCCUCCGUCCACCAAACAGCAGGACACCGUCGGUUCGAAACCUACUAUCGCCACCUCACCCAGCAUGACCCCUCCUAAUCCUAGAGGUGACCCCGGUGUGAAUUUCUACCCCUCGAACCCUGCCCAUCCUGUUGUCACACAAGGCGUCACCCACUUGUGUGACCAAUGUGCGUUUGCCACCACCGACAUCGAUGUGUUACUCCAACACUACGAAAGCUGCCACACCCUGAUUAACCUAAAGGGGGCACCACCACAUGUCAAGGCUGAGGAAGAAAUUGGAGGAGACAAGGAAGGGGGGAGAGGAGGAGGAGAGAGGGAGUACUCUUGUACAAAAUGUCACUUCAUCACGGAAGUGGAAGAAGAGAUUUUUAGACACUACAGGCGUGUCCACGCGUGUUGCCGUUGUCGACGCUGUGACUUCACGGCUCCUGAUUCGUCAGCCCUCCUCGACCAUUUUAACUCGGCCCACUGUCAUGAAUCCUCUCCCUCAUUAAGCUCACUGACAACAACCUCCUUACCCACCUCACUGACGACCUCCCUGACGCCUUCAUUAACACUCUCAGCCAAUGGCUGCUCAGCUCCUUCUACCUUAGCCAUUAAAGAAGAAAGCAAGGGGGAUCUUCGCCUCCUCUACUCCCUUGCUCCGCCUGAGGGACGGUUAGCAGAGGGAGGCAGAGAAGAGGCAGGAGGGGUAGUAAAAAGUGAGGGAGCUGAGGAGAAAGAAAGAGAGCGGGAGAAAGGCUGGGUUCUUGGCGAGACAAGAGGACUAGGAGAAAGAGGAAGUGAGCAGGCCCACGGUUUACUUUGGGUGCCCAAGGAGCGAAUGGGACCCGAAAGAGGAGUAGAAAGAGGAACAGGAGGUGGAAGCCCCUCUCUUUUCUCCUCCCCCCUCUCAUUGUCGUUUGUUUCAGCCAAUCAUGAGGCCUCACAGCAGAAAAGAGGCAUGGCUUCACCUAGCAUGGUUUACCUGGGAGACACCAAGUCAUUUUUGGGAGAUACCAAGUCGUUUUUGGGAGAUGCCAAGCUGUACGGAGGAGGGAGACCAGGAGGAGCCAAUGCAGGUGGAGGUGGGGGAGAGAAACAGAUGCAGAUGCCCCCUCAGCAGUAUACCGGAGGAGGAGGAGGAGGAGGAGGGAGUGGAGGUGGAGGAGGACAGGAGGCAAAAGGAGGUGCUGCUAAAGAGGAGUCCCAGUCCCUGCUACGGCGGCGCAGAGGAAGUGGGGUUUUCUGUGCGAACUGUCUGACCACCAAGACAUCCUUGUGGAGGAAGAACGCUAAUGGAGGCUACGUCUGCAACGCAUGUGGUUUAUACCAAAAACUACAUUCGACACCCAGACCUCUAAACAUCAUAAAGCAGAACAACGGUGAACAAAUUAUCCGACGUCGAACCCGAAAACGCCUCAACCCUGAUUCGCUGUCAUCUGAACCCCCUGCCCCCAAGCAACAACGCAUCACCAGCGAGGAGCGUAUGAAUGGGGAGGAGUCAGACAGAAGCUGUGCAUCAAUCAAAAACCAGCAGCCGUCCCCUCGCUCGCGCUCACCCAGAUCCACUCAAGCCUUCCUAGCCAAUCAAACAUUGGAGAUCCACCGACGCAUGCCUCCUCUGCUCCUCCCUUCACAUCCCCCUUCCUCAUUGGUAGCAGAGGGUAAUGGGGGCAUCUCUGAGGGAGGGAUAAUAUCAAAAGUAGAGGGAGGUAAGGGCGGAGGGGGAUCAGAGCGAGGCAGUCCGAUUGAAAAGUACAUGCGUCCAUCAAAACCAUCUAGUUAUUCGCCUCCUGGUUCACCCAUUGAAAAGUAUCAGUAUCCUCUUUUCUCCUUACCCCUACCAUUAACCCUCUCACCUGAUUUGACCCCUGAGUCGGAUUGGCUCAGAUUCUGGACCAAGUAUAAGAUGGCAGCUGCCUCUGGGGUUCCUGGUAGCAUCAGUAAUCUAAGCAGCCCUGGUAGCCUUGGAAAUAACGCUCAUUAUCUUGGUGCAAUGGUGACUCCAGUACAGCAUCAUCAGCAAAGCUACACGGUGCCUUACUGCGCCUCUCCCUACUCUCCUCUUCCCCCUCCUCCAGCUCCUCCUCACUAUCCUCCUCCUCCUCUUCAUUCCCAAACCUCCUCCUCAUCAUCAUUAGAAAACGAUGUUCCUUUGGAUCUUGCAAUAAGACAAAGAGAUACAAGUGUUGCAAAUGCACACAUGUCAACAAACGGUGCAGAAAGGAGACGGCAAGAGUCGCCACUAGCUGAGAGGCUGAGAGAGAGCUGGAAAGGAGAGAAAGAGGAGGAGGAGAGGACAGAUGAAGGAGGGAACCAGAGGGAGGAGGUUGGAAAGGAAGAAAAGGAUAAUUUAACAAAAAGUCGGUCAAGUGUCCCAUCGAAUCGCGCAAUGGUGGAAGUGGCCACGCAGGAUGACCUGACCAACCGUUGCAUCCACUGUGGGAUCUACUUCCUAGACGAGGUCAUGUAUGCCCUGCACAUGAGUUGCCACGGUGACCAGGGACCAUACCAAUGCAGUUUUUGCCUACACGUGUGUGUGGACCGCUAUGAUUUCACCACACACAUACAGAGGGGCUUACACAGGUACACAGACAAAAAGUCACAAAACAGGAGUCACAUGCAAGACGGCAUAAUUCAGAACGUCACAGAGCACGAGUGUCAUAAUGCGACACCAGAGGAAAAAGAUGAAGGUGGUCACAGGGAGAUCACAGAUGAAAGCAAUGAUGUUAUAGGAGUUUGUCACGACAACCAAGCAAAAGAAAUUACAGGCAAUGAUGCCACUGACAAUGAAACAGGAGUUGAAAAGGAGUUAAGAGGAGAGGGUCCUGACAUAACAGACCAGGAAACGGGAGACAAGAUGGUGUCCAAUAGUAGUGAUGAUAUCACAAAAGACACAGAGGUCACAGCUGUUGCUGAAUCUAAAAACUUAGAUGAGAACGCAGAGAGUAAUUAAUCCGAUGCCUUUGACUCACACAAACAAGAAUGCGUUUUAUUGGAUGAAUAAGCUGUAUGUCUCCACGUUCCUGGAGGCUAGCUCAUGUCAAAAUGGGCCUAUCCUGGGCACUAAAUGGAACACAUCCUUAUGCUGGAAGCACUCGGCUGUCAAAAUGGUCAAAAAUCAUUGUAGGAUUCCGCUGAACUGCUGCAGGGACAGUUUGGAGGAAUGGCCUGAAUCCUGUGUUGAGUGACGGUCACUUGACAGCUCUGUGGCAAGUAUUCAACAACAGAGUCCGGGCAUUCAGCUUAAAUCACCUUUAAUAAACAGCCACUUCAUGUGCUUUCCAAAUAAGAGGAUUGGAAACUCGAAUGAAAGUUGGACUGGUCUCAUUUAGGAUGAGUUUGAGGAGCUCAGAACUUGCACAGCCGCCAUACAGCAGAGCAAAAAAAUAUAAAAAAUGCUAGAAGCAAAACACUUUAACUGAACUCAACUGAGCUGGUCUGUUAUGCACCAUGCUAAACUAAACCCAGAGCUGGUCCAGACUAGUCUGAUGCAUCAUUCAAACUAUUCUAUCUUGGUACAACCAGAUCUGAUCUGGUUAGAACUAUUUGUUCUGGUCCACAGCAUGUUUUUGACUCUUUCACCGCUGUGCAAAUGGAUCCAACACCAAAACCUUAUUUUGACUCUUUGAAACUGGUCAGCGUUAAACCAGUUUGUUCCAGUUAAGCCGGUGUUACCUUGGUACAAAAUGAUCAGUUGGUUUCUUUCACUUGUGCCCUGUUGUCUCUGAAACUGUCAAUGCAAAAUCCCCACCGCUGCAAAGUGCCCCAAAAUGGGAGACUGGUUGUGUUUGAUUUGACCGUGACUUUUUGAACUGCUUAAAACCAGUUUCAACUGGUUAAACCGGAGUAAUUCCGGACCGAAGUGUUCUCUUCAUCCAUUUGGAUCGAACCUGACUUUAUUUUCUACCUUCCUCCGUGCCAUGAUACUAGCUACGUGCCUGGCUGCCUGCCUAAUAGAACAACCAUCUAUUAACCUGCUUAACAUUUAUAUUAAUAAUAAUAAUGGUAAUAAUAAUUAUGAUGAUGUUAUAGUACAAAACAUGCAAUUUGCUACACUUUCCUAUAUAUAAUAUGUUAUUUUGUAAAGACAAAUAAUGCUUUUUUGCAGGAAAUGGUACUAUAAAAAUUAGUUUAUUUGAGUUUUUCCUUUUUUGAGCUGUUUGUUGUUUGUGUUCCUAUGGAGACUUGUUACAUUGAUAACAGCCGUCUAACAGAAAUGGUACAGCAAAAGAGGGGGUUGUGUGUAUGUGUGCAUUUGUGUAAUUGCGUUUAUAUGUGUAAGGAUCAAAGGAUGUGUCUGUCCCCAAACGAUGAUGUAAAAUAAUGAAGGCUUGCGCUUGGUAUUUCAGUCCUCAGGGGUCACACGUGUUGCACACCAACCCGCCUGUUUCAUAGCAUGUGACACAUCAUUUUUACAUGUUAAUGGUCUAAUGGUUUUAGCAUGUUACAUAAUGUUCUCUUAUAUCAUGUUCUUUGUGUUAAUAGGUCAAAAUGGUCUUAGUAUGUAACUUUUUUCUGUGUGUCUUUCACAUGUUGUUAGGUUACAUGGUUUUAUAGAGAGACUUAGGGAGAUAAACUUUAAAUAUUAUUAUGAGGAUCAAUUAUUUGGGAUAACUGUAAACUUUUGAGUCUACAGAGCUUCUUGCCUACAGUGUUUUAUUCAGCCUAUCUCAUAUUUGUGUUUGGUAGGUUACCUCUAUGUAGCAUGUUAGUGUCUUAUAAAAUCUACAAAAACAAGUUGCCUUUUUCUAUGGAUGGGAACUGUUACAUGUUAGACCUAAAUAGUACUGAAAAAACACAAAAUGACAUUGUAAAGUUACAGUUUAUAAUUCAAUGAAGUAAAAUGAUCAUGUUGCUUUCAACUCCAACUAACUCAUCCCUCUUCUCUACAAUUCAUUGCCCACUUUGGGGUUCUAAAUAAGUCUUUUAAACACACUUAAGGAAAAGACCCACCAAAUACCAUAACGGAGUCUCUCUUUAAACCAGAUUUUACAGUUCUUAUCAUUUAUUUUCAUCAUUGACAGCGUGUUGACAGUCAGGUCUAUGAGUCUCCCUAUGCGUCAGAAUGGAGCAACACGGUGGCCAUCUUGUUUAUUUUUAUAAAGACAGAGUCACUUCUCCAGCCGUGCUGCCUUAGUUGCUAGAAAACAAAACAAAACAAAAAACACCAAGGGACUUUGAAGGAAAUAAUAAUAGGCUGAAAGAAAAUAUAAGAAAGGAAGGAAGAGAGAGUGAGAAAAAGAUAUUUUUCUAUGCUUAUCCAAAAGAUAUGAAUGAAAAAUAUUCCGCCUAGUGCCUGGUAACUUGUACAGUUUUUCUAAAAGGUAUGUUUAUCUGUGUCCAAAAGUUAUGUAUGUUAUGAGUCAUGUCUGGCAGAAGUUGGGCAAACGUACUUCUCUAUUAAUUCCCAUGCACCAUCUCACCAGAGUCAUCUAUAAUAAGACUUGAUUGCAGCCUAGCUGUCUGAUGGUCCAGAUACCCAUUCACUCUUGGCAUUUUCAGCCCAUUAGAAAGACCCAUAUGUGCUUUUAAAAAGUUAAAUUGGUUGCUCUGUAAACUGUCAAUCACAAGUUAAUCAUCUUUCAGUUUUGCAUGUAUGUACACGACUUUGUAGAAAUGUUGAGGCAUAUUCUUCCCUUUUGUAUGAAAGACUUAAUACCAAGAUGUUGUCUACUCUGUAUCUGGUUUAUUUGGCAAUGUAAGCUAAAUUAAGGCAUGCAGUCAUGUCAUCAGAGUGCCCAUAUCAUGGCAAAGGUGUUUUCAAAAGGAGUUUAUCGUUUUUAAUACAUUUUCUAGGGGUUAUGUCAACUAGCAGUUAGAUGAGAUUUCUUUCUUGCAGAAAUGUUGAGACAGCAAGGCAACAAACUAUAAAACUACUAUUCACCAGAACAAUCAGUGUGUUGUGGAGUGCUGGUUGCAGGUUAAUACCUCUAGUAUUUAUGUUAAACCUUAAGGUAUUACUUUACAUAGGAAGAGCUUGUAUACUCUGUAUGUUGAGUAUAGUAGGAAUUUAGAUUUUCUAAUCUUUUGAAUAAUUGAUCAUGACGUAUAUAAACCAUUCUCAGUUUCUGUUGAAAUGCUCAAAGUAUAUUGCAUUUGCAUCUAGCCAAAAAAAACAGCCAUGUUUAAACAGCACUGCACACAGUACUGAAUAUGUCACAUUAAAACACUAAGAAACCAUUCAAACUAUUGGUGCAACAUAUUUACAUUGGAGUUGGAAGUCGGGCUUAUCACAGUCAUGGCUGAAAAGACUUGUCACUGCUGCAGUCUAACUAUUUGGGAUGGCACACAAUCAAAUGUGCCACCAUGGUGUCUAACAUACAUCCCAGUCUGGUUUUAAGUGUAGGGAUUUUUGUUUUUUAGUUUCCUUAACACCUUUACCAUGUAUGGCUAUCCAUAGCCCACCUGUCACAUGAAAGCUUUUGAACUGCAUUAGUGACAUGGUUUGAAGAUACUUUUGUUCUGAAGUUUGCCCUUUUUUUUGCCGAAUGUGUUCCAUCAUGCUGUAUAAGGACUGAUGAAGCCAAUUCACAAAUAUGUUUGAAUUGUCUUUAUUCUAGGAAAUUUCUUGUGCUAAUGUGUUAAAGUUUUUAGAAUAUACAUUUUAGUUAUGGGCAUCUCUUAAAGGGGCUGCUAGCAUAAUAACUGUUUACAUUUGCAAAUGUAGCAACAACAAAAAAAAGAGCAAAGGAUGAGGCAAUGCUAAAAAUGGCAGAACAAACAAAAGAACUGAGGGAUACCUGCUGAGAUGGCUAGAUGGGUGCCUUUGAAGAAUAUAUGGGGAGAAGGUGGAUGAAUAGAGGGAGAAUGGGAUCAAAUGACGCUUGUAGUUGCUGAUAAAAAGAGGUUCAGUUUAUGCAUCCAUUUAUCCCCUCUCUUCUGUUUUUUAAUCACUUGUAUCUUUCUCAUCUGUUGUCUAAUUUGACAUAUACUUCCAUCUAUCUGUAUUUUUAUCCCUCCACCUGUUACUACUACCCUCUACCACUCACCUCUUCUGUAUUCCUCCACUUUUUUGCAUCAGUUCUUUUGAUAAAGGUAUUCUCAGUUGGUACACACAUCGAGGGGUUUUUUAAAUGGGAGAUGGGUAAUUGUGUCAUACUGUGUUGCGCCCAAAAAGCUGACGUUGACACAGUUACCCCUGAACUGACAGUAACUGCAUAUGUUGAAUUUGUUUUGGUUACACUUCUGUCCUACUUGAACAGGCCUUGGAUUCGUUGAAAGAAAUUGUUACCAGCUGUAAGAUUUCAAGUACUUGCUAAAAAAUCAAAGUGUGGUUUUUCUCUGAUUUAGGUUUAUUCUUUUAUUGCCAACGGGACUCACAUUUGAUAAAAAUACUAUCUGAAUUUUCAUCUUAUAAAAGAUGUUAAAUCCUUGGGUAAAAAAUAUCGUGGGAUUUAAACGAAACAGUGGGAGAAAGGGAGAGAAAGAAAGGAUCAAAUAGUUUACUUUUUUGUUAAAUCUGGGUGUAUAUCUUCAUCUUGAUGAACCACAAGGAUUUCUCAGUGAGCUGGAGACACAUUCUGAUGCCAAAAUCAUAUUUAUUAAUAUUUCAGUAGUUUAGCUUUUGAAAGAAAAUCUUUCCCCCUGUACUUACUGAGCUUAAAGUAAAAAGAACACAGGAUUUAUAAUAAAGAAAACUUUGCUUAUGCACACUUUUCAUAUUGUAAGUGCUCUGCAGAACCCUUUCCUAUCCAAAUAUCUUCUUUUGUGUAUUUACCAGCUUAACAUUGUCUCCCAUGACUCAUGUAAGGAUACUGUAUAUCAAAAACAUAUAUAGAUAUUAAUGUCGAUAGGAUUUUUAUGGUUCAAAAUAGGCGAUUUUGGUAAGAAAUGAGGUUCUGCAGGACACGCAUGACUUGACCUUGUUUUACUUCAAUAAUGAGUGUAUGUUUUAGGUUUGAUGGCAUUUCACAUCAGCGUUUACAUUGGGGAGCCUUAACAAGUGUUUUAAUUUUUGUCUUUGUCAGAAUGUGUUAUAGAAAAUGAUGCUGUUGCUUGCACUCCAUUUAUUAUGUUCUUAUUGCCAAGGAAGGGACAACACACACAUGUACACAUACAAAGACACACACCGGCAUUGGUACGGAUUGAGUGUACAUUUUGGAAUGUACAGUGUUAAACAUGGGAGACAAGGGAGCUGAAGGCCAGUUUAUUAAUGGUCAGACACACACACACACAUGCAUGCACACACAAACACACACACCAACUAUGUACAUUUAACCAAUAUAUUUUAGUAUAAUUUUGUCUCUGUUCAGUUGAAUGGCUUUUAUAGAAAAAUUUGAUUUUUUUUUUUAGUUUUUUUUUCUUUCUCAUGUUGUAUUUUAUUCUGCUACCUUUCUGUAUGUUAUUGUUUUUAGGUUUUAUUUCAUGCAAAAAUGAUAUUUCAACAUAUUUUGACAGCCAAGAAAAAGUUUGUUACACAGCUAAACUUGAAGAAUAAUGUUGAUGAUGAUGACGAUGAUAAUAAUUAAUAAAAGUAAUAACAAACAUACGGAAAUGGA